AUGUCUAACAUCGCUGCAUCGUUCAUCGAAGGAAUGAAGGGCCGACGGUCCAUAUAUGCCCUCACCAACGAAUCGACUAUCUCAGAUGGCCGGAUUGAAGAUAUUAUCUCUGAGGUUGUUAAACACACGCCCAGCCCUUUUAACAGCCAGACUGCCCGUUUGGUGGUCCUUUUGAAAGAGGAACAUGAGAAAUUGUGGGAUCUCGCCCUCGAAAUUGCUACCGCUACGGUGCCCCCGCAAGUACUUGAGAAUUUGUAUAAGCCUCGGAUCGCUGGUUUCCGUGCGGGUUAUGGCACUGUAUUGUUCUACGAGGACCCUGCUCCAUUGAAGCCUCUUGAGGAAAAGUGGCCUAUGUUGAUUGACAAGUUCCCCGAGUGGUCCAACCAUUCGACUGGAAUGCAUCAGUUUGCUCUUUGGACACUACUUGAAGCCGAGGGACUUGGAUGCAACCUGCAACAUUACAGCCCAAUGGUCGAUGCACGAGUCGCCGAGGAAUGGAAUUUGCCUGUUGAUUGGAGUCUCAAGGCCCAACUGGUCUUUGGCAAACCGACCGGGCCUCCUCGUGAGAAGACCUUUGAACCUCUCGAGAAGCGGAUUUUCAUCCACGGCAAAUAA